GGAUAAAGUGGCUCGAGUGUUUAGACGUGUUGCGUGUACGCUCCGCGUUUGAGUGAAAAAAGGUGUAUUUUAGCAAGUGAUCAGUGCGAUAAAACAACUUUUAUUGAUUGACCAAAGUGAAGCGUUGAUUCGCCUACAAGAUGGCGGACGAAGAACUAUUCUCUCUGUGUUGGAACAAUUUCAACACAAAUCUCUCGGCGGGCUUUCAUGAGUCGCUCGUGAAUGGAGAUCUCGUCGACGUGACGCUAGCGGCUGAGGGCCAACUCGUUAAAGCGCAUCGACUUGUGCUGUCUGUGUGCUCACCCUACUUUCGCAAGAUGUUCACCAACAUGCCCGCCAAUCAGCACGCAUUUGUAUUCCUCAAAGACGUCACCCAUUCCGCGCUGAAGGAACUCAUUCAGUUCAUGUACUGCGGAGAGGUGAAUGUGAAGCAGGAGGCGUUGCCAGCAUUUAUUAGUACAGCAGAAGCGCUGCAGAUUAAAGGACUCACUGAUUCUGGUGACACAGCCCCACCGCCGAGUUCGCCCACCAAAGUCGCCACACCAUCACAUUCAUCCGCAUCAUCACCUUCACGGGUCCGCACACAGCAGCGCACCGUGACACGAACAACGUACAAAAUGGAGUCUGAAGACAGUGCCGAUGAGAGGCAGAUGAUUCAGGUGCACACACAAAAGCGCUCAGCUCCGCGCCAAACCAUCGCCCUGCAGUCAAUACCGUCGAGCAAGAGGUCGAAGAUUGAGACCAUUGAGACUGUUGAACAAGCGGCAGACACAUCGGCAACGACACGCAUCUCGGAGAAGUCAGACGCGGAGUUCAUUGAUUUGCCAAUCACUGAAACGCUGUCGGCCAAAGCGGAACCCGUUGAAGAAUAUGCUGAGGACACGGCUGAGGAUAUUGAGCAGGAAGGCGAGGCGACCUAUGUGGAGGAGGACACGUACGGCGACAUGAAAUAUGACGAAUCCUACUUCACGGAGAACGACGAGUCAAACGCCAAGGCAAAUGUAUCUGGAUUUGGAGAAUCGUACGCCGAAGGGGAUCAAUCUGUUGCUGAAGCCCAAGACUUCAAAUUUGACCCGAAAGCUGACACUGAGGAAAUCCACUUUGCGCGCAGCAUGAAAGGACGUCCCAGGUUAAUCCUCAAGGGCUACUCGUACUUCAGGAACAAUGGCAACGACGAGAGAACCUAUUGGCUGUGCUCAAGGAAUCGCUAUCACAAGUGCAAAGCCCGUGUUAUCACGUCUGCCAACUAUCGUGAGAUUAUUCUAAAGAAUCAGGUUCACAAUCACGAACCAGAUCCACAAAUUAUGAACAAUAGAGAUGGAUUCUAUGUGAAUGACGUGUAGAUUGACUUACACGAACAGAGAGAUGAUAAUUUUUACGAUUCUUUAUCUAAAUUACAAAUGAGAAGAAAAUAUAUUUCGGUAGAGUGUAAUCUUCAAAAUAAAACUGCAGUUGAAUUUUAACAUUAUAAUCCCUUUUCUCAGACAGUAUUUCCUGUGCAGAUUUGGAGAUUGUUUUCUUCUCUCCUUUCAAAUCCAUCUCUAACGUGAUUUAUUUUCUUAUUUCAGAUUCAAUUAAGAAAUUCAAAUUUGUGAAGCAUCUCACUUUUGUGUCUGGCCAGCGAAAUUGCCCAAAGUUGGUGGUCGAUGGCUAUUCUUUCGUGCGGAAUAAAGGCAAUUACAAGUGCACAUACUGGCGGUGCUCUAUGAUGCGCUCCAAAGUGUGUCCAGCCAAAGUUGUCACGUACACAGACAGCAAUAAGAUCUACAUGAGAAAUGACAAUCACACACAUGAGCCGGAUUGCAGUGAUUUCAAGGGAGACGACGAGGAGGAGGAUGAUUAGUAGUGAAGUCCUGAUUGUAUAAUAAAUUAAUAAAACAGAAAUCUAUAAAACAAACUUAUUUAGGAUGUAGUUUAGAGUGAUUCU